CUACACCCAAAGAAAGAACGCUGGGAAAUGAAUAGUCCUGAGUGCCAGCUCAUGGGCCCAGUGGUGCAGGCCAGGGAGCUGGGGAGCCUGGCUCCUGUACGGGCUGCCCAGGUGUCAGGUGUGCCCGGUCUGGGUUUUCCAGGGGCUGCCCAGGUGCCGGGCACUCCAGGCCUGGGCUCCCCAGGGGCCACCCAAGGGCCGGGCGCUCCAGGUCUGGGCUCCCCGGGGCCGGCCUGUGGGGUCACCCUUCCAGAGGCAGGAUCUUCCUUGAAGACGACACGUCCCGCAAAAGAGGACGCCUUCUACAGCCGGGGGAGAAAUCGGAACCAGAAGUUUCUCUUCCUCGAGGCGGAGAAGAAGAAGGCCUUUUGGGAGGCCCACAUGGUGCAGCACAGACACUACGGCGCGCGGACCACCUGCACCCACCUCAGGAAGAAGUACUACUGGCCGGGCAUGGCCCUCGACGUCAAGAAGUGGGUCAAGAUGUGCAGGAAGUGUCUAGACAAAAGCAUAAGGAUUGCGGCCCACAAUGCCCUGGAAGCCGGAUCGCAGCAAGCGCCUCAAGGAGACGGCAGGAUGGACCACUUCCCGCUGACCCAGGAGCAAGGGCUCUUCACCUUUGUCAGCCUGCAGCUCCUGGGGCCCCUGCAGCAGACGCCCCGGGGAUUCUGCUUCGCCUUCGUGGCCGUGGACUACUUCACCAAGUGGGUGCGUGCUGCACCCAUGCACUCCUGCUCCGUCAGGGAGACCAGCGCGCAGAUCCUGGAGCUGGUGAAGAGGUUCGGCUUGCCGGAAGGGAUCAUCAGCACCGCCUCGAGCAGUUUCAUCCUCCAGAUAAACAAAUUUUUGAAAAUGGCUUUGAAAAUGCAAAACAGCCUGGUUGUUAAAUAUAAUCCCCAAACAGAUGGGUGCCUGAAAAGCAUCAGGUCCUUUGUGAUUAGGAUCCUUUCUCUGGUGCUGACCAUGAACCCGACCGACUGGGACCACCACCUGCAUAAGGUUUUCUUCCUCCAGAACCGGUGUUCAGACUACUCCGAGGAGGAAGAUGAGGAUGACCUGAGGAAGCUCCAUGGCGAGUCACCAGGGGCUGCCUGGGCCCCACCCCCACAGGUCCCAGAGCUCCCACAGCCCUCCCCAGAAAGCCAGAAGGAGCCCCCGGCCAAAGGCCGGGGCGAGGACACCUGUUUGUAUUGUUGCCGGCUCCCGGACGAGGGGGACAGUGAUGUGUUUGCUGUGGUGCAGUGUGACAGGUGCCCGGCGUGGGCCCACGAGCAGUGUGUGUGGAGGCAGCUUGGACGGGUAGACCCCAAAAUUAGCUUCCGCUGCAAAACCUGCCUCCUGGCAGUUGUUGGGGCACAGCCAGAGCCCCAAACCUCCAGGGCUCUGGGAGCGGGGGACGGUGGGGCAGGCAGCGUGGGACCCUCGUGGGGGCCGGGCCCCCAGCAUGGCCCAGGUGUGCCCGGCCAUCAGCUUCCCACCUUCCAAGUAGCUGGCGGGCCCUGAGGCGGCAGGUGCGCCAGGGACGGGCAGGUGCGCCAAGGAUGGGCACACGCGCCGUCUCCUGCUGCGACUGGCAAAGUCGCUCGAGCCGCCAACGUCCAUUCGGCCUCCCCGUUGAUAUCUGACAUCUGACUGUCCCUCGUUACACAUAAGGCCAUUUUCCACAUUGUUUUUGGAACUCAGAGCUCCAGAUUCUCUGGUCUGGUGCCCCCCAAGGGCCCUUUGUGGGUUGGAGUCUGAGACUUCUGGGAAACCCCCCAUUUUCCCUCUGGUCCCUCUGAAGCUGGGACAGGGGGAAACGGCCAAGGUCCAUCACUUAGGUGCCGCCUGCCGGGGGUCCCGCUCUGCCCCGU